AUGGCCUCGUUCUCUUUCACAUACGACCAUAGGACGUUGAAAACAAGGCUUCCCGUUCGCUCAGCCCUAUUUAAGCAACGUACCGGCGGAUUAGUAGUUAGGUGGGUGACCACUAGCGAAUACCCGCUGUUGUAUGUCUUUUGCCUUUUUUGUCCUCCUCCACACAUCCCAAGAUAA